UCCGAAGACCAGCAGGAGGCGAACGUGCGCUCAAUAAUCUACUGAUGACGACAUGAACUCCAUGGAAACGGCGUUCCUCAGGGCUCGAUUUAUUUUUUAGAGGAAAGGAAGUUGACAGAGAAAAAAAUAGUAUAGGUUGAAAUCAUAUGUAACACGAUCUCUUGUAAGGUAACGAUCUUAAAUAAAUUCCCAAAACAAGAGAAGCCAUGAGUAGCACCCCUGAUGCCCGAGCCAGGGACAGUCAGACAAGACAGAUCCAGGAUACUGUUACCAAUGUUGAAAAGCACUUUGGAGAACUGUGCCAGCUGUUUGCUGGCUAUGCGCGGAAGACUGCAAGAUUACGGGACAAGGGUGAUCUUCUUGUGAGAGAAGUGAACAUUUAUGCAGACACAGAAACACCACACUUGAAAAACGGUUUGAAAAACUUUGCUGAUCAGCUUGCCAAAGUCCAGGAUUAUCGACAAGCAGAGGUAGAAAGGCUGGAAGUUAAAGUGGUAGAACCAUUAAAAUCUUAUGGGACAGUUGUGAAGCUAAAAAGGGAGGAUCUCAAAGCAACUUUAAGUGCUAGGAACCGUGAAGCUAAGCAAAUGCAGCAGCUGGAUAGAAUGAGGCAAAGGAACCCUUCAGACCGACAGAUAAUUUCUCAGGUUGGUAUCAGAGAAUUAUUUAUGUUUAUUGUUGUGAGGUAGGCAGAGAGUGAACUUCAGAGAGCCACAAUGGAUGCCACUCGCACAACCCGGCAGCUGGAAGAAACCAUUGAUGAAUUUGAAAAACAAAAAAUUAGAGAUAUCAAGAAAAUCUUUGGUGAAUUUGUAACUGUGGAAAUGACAUUCCAUGCAAAGGCUUUAGAGGUUUAUACAACUGCAUUCCAGAAUAUACAGAAUGUGGAUGAGGAGGAAGAUCUUGAGGUUUUCAGGAGUACACUUCGCCCACCAGACUACCAGUCUCGCUUACAAAUAGUUCGUGCUAAUUCCAAAUCAUCACUCGACAGAACUGGUUCAACAAAGAAUAUGUCAGGGACCUUACAGCAGAGGACCCCAAACACUCUGCGCAAAAAGGAAGAGGAGGAGGAGGAGGGGGGUGAGGAGGAUGAUGAUGAUGAUGAUGAUGAAUUAGAAGAUGUCACAGAGGAUGAAAAUUAACUCUUCCAGUCUUGCUCAUCUUUGCUGUAUGCCAAAUGGCUAAUACGUCAAAAAAGCCAAUUUAACAUUUCAUAAUGACUUCCCUCGUCUAUUAUUCAGUUUGGCAUAUUGCAAAUGCUUUUGAAUGGCAUUUUUUUUAUUGUUUCAAACCAAUACAAAUAUUUAAAAUGUUUUUUGUUGGUUGGGUGUUAUAAUUGAACGUAAACAAGGUUGAAAUUGCUAGCUCCAUUCUGUAAGUUUGUAUAGGCUGUAUAUUUGAAGCUACGCAUGCUGAUUAGUUACUACAGUAAAACCUGUCUAAUCCAGUCCCUUUACAAACCGGCAUUCUGUAAAAUUCUGCAGUUUUGGGUCCUGACCAAAUCUUCAUUUUAAUUAAUGUGGCACCCUCCACAAGCCACAACCUUUCUUUUCUGGGUGUACUUCUACUGUACCGUUAUGCAUUGUAUUAGAAUUUUUUUUUUUUUUGAGUAUUCAUAUAGCCUUUUAUACCUUUUAUUUGUAGGUACAGUACCUCUGUAGUCCUGCACACUGUAUAAUCUGGCACCAUUUUCUGGUCCAAAGUAAAAGCGGAUUAGACAGGUUUUACUGUAAUAACUUGGAGCUGCAUCCCGUUCUCAGGAACAACCUGUACACCUCUCCUCUUACAAUUAAGUCACCGAAGCAAAUGGUUAACAGUCAAUGCCCUAAAAAUAACAAGAGAUGUGAUAAAUAAUAAAAAAAGAAGACACAAAAAA